AUUUAGGGCUUCAGCCUAACAGUGUUUGGGCUAGAAGCUGCUACCUGCCAUGCCAAGCCUGGCUGUUCUGCAUCUCAGCCUGGCUGCUCUCCUGGACCUCAGGACUGCAGCCACCUUGUGCCUGUCAAGACAAUUCAAGGCACAAGGGGACUAUAUACUGGGUGGGCUCUUUCCCCUGGGCUUAACUGAAGAGGCCACCCUGUAUCAGAGAACACAGCCCAACAGCAUCCUGUGCACCAGGUUCUCACCCCUGGGCCUGUACCUGGCAAUGGCUAUGAAGAUGGCGGUGGAAGAGAUCAACAAUGGGUCUGCCCUGCUGCCUGGCCUGCACUUGGGCUACGACCUCUUUGACACAUGCUCAGAGCCUGUAGUGACCAUGAAACCCAGCCUCAUGUUCCUGGCCGAGGCAGGCAGCCAUAGCAUUGCUGCCUACUGCAACUACACACAGUACCAGCCUCGUGUGCUGGCUGUUAUUGGGCCCCAUUCAUCAGAGCUCGCCCUUAUCACGGGCAAGUUUUUCAGCUUCUUCCUCAUGCCACAGGUCAGCUACAGUGCCAGCAUGGAUCGGCUAAGUGACCGGGAGACGUUCCCAUCCUUCUUCCGCACAGUGCCCAGCGACCGGAUACAGCUGGAGGCUGUUGUGACACUGCUGCAGAAUUUCAACUGGAAUUGGGUGGCUGCCUUAGGCAGCGAUGAUGACUAUGGUCGUGAGGGUCUGAGCAUCUUUUCCAGCUUGGCCAAUGCAAGAGGUGUCUGCAUUGCACAUGAAGGCCUGGUACCACUGCACACCACCAAUGGCCAGCAGCUGGGCAAGGUGCCAGUUGUGCUGCACCAGGUGAACCAGAGCGAAGUGCAGGUAGUGGUGCUGUUUGCCUCUGCCCGUGCUGUCUACUCCCUCUUCUACUAUACUAUCCAUAAUGGCCUCUCACCCAAGGUGUGGGUGGCCAGUGAGUCCUGGCUGACCUCAGACCUGGUCAUGAACCUUCCCAAUGUUGCCCGUGUGGGCACUGUGCUUGGCUUUCUUCAGCGGGGUGCCCUAUUGCCUGAAUUCGCCCACUAUGUAGAGACCCGCCUAGCCCUAGCUGCUGACCCAGCAUUCUGUGCCUCACUGAAUGCUGAGCUGGACCUGGAGGAGCAUGUGAUGGGACUACGCUGCCCACAGUGUGACAACAUCACGCUGCAGAACCUGUCAUCUGGGCUGCAGAACCUGUCAGCUGGGCAAUUACACCACCAGAUUUUUGCCACCUAUGCUGCUGUGUAUGGCGUGGCCCAGGCCCUUCACAACACCCUACAGUGCAAUGCCUCAAGUUGCCCCACACAAAAGCCUGUGCAACCAUGGCAGCUCCUGGAUAACAUGUACAACAUGACCUUCCAUGCUCGAAACUUGACACUGCAGUUUGAUGUCAAAGGGAAUGUAGAUCUGGAAUACGACCUGAAAAUGUGGGUGUGGCAGAGCCCAACACCUGUAUUGCAUACUGUGGGUACCUUCAAUGGCAGCCUUCAGCUGCAGCCUUCCAAGAUGUACUGGCCAGGCAACCAGGCACCAGUGUCUCAGUGCUCCCAGCAGUGCAAAGAUGGCCAGGUGCGCAGAGUGAAGGGCUUCCACUCCUGCUGCUAUGACUGCGUGGACUGCAAGGCAGGCAGCUACCAGAAGAACCCAGAUGACCUCACCUGUACCCCAUGUAACCAGGACCAGUGGUCCCCAGAGAAAAGCACAGGCUGCUUCCCUCGCAGGCCUAAGUUCCUAGCCUGGGGGGAGCCGGUUGUGUUGUCACUGCUUCUACUGCUUUGCCUGGUGCUAGGCCUGGCAGUGGCUGCCCUGGGCCUCUUUGUUCGCCACUGGGACAGCCCACUGGUUCAGGCCUCAGGUGGGGCACUAUUCUGCUUUGGCCUGGCUUGCCUGGGCCUCUUCUGCCUCAGUGUCCUCCUGUUCCCAGGCCGGCCAAGGCCUGCCAGCUGCCUAGCACAACAGCCACUAGUUCAUCUCCCACUUACAGGCUGCCUGAGCACACUUUUCCUGCAAGCAGCUGAGACCUUUGUGGAGUCUGAGCUGCCACUGAGCAGGGCAACCUGGUUAUGUCAUUGUCUUCGGGGGCCUUGGGCUUGGCCGGUGGUGCUGCUAGCCAUUCUGGUGGAGGCAGGACUAUGCAUCUGGUACCUGACAGCUUUCCCACCAGAGGUGGUAACAGACUGGAGGGUGCUGCCCACAGAGGCACUGGAGCACUGCCGCAUGCACUCCUUGGUUAGCCUCAGCUUGGUGCAUAUCACCAAUGCCAUGCUGGCCUUCCUCUGCUUUCUGGGCACCUUCCUGGUGCAGAGUCAGCCUGGUCGUUACAACCGUGCCCGUGGCCUCACCUUCGCCAUGCUGACUUACUUCAUCACCUGGGUCUCCUUUGUGCCCCUCCUGGCCAAUGUGCAGGUGGCUUACCAGCCAGCUGUGCAGAUGGGUGCUAUCCUAUUCUGUGCCCUGGGCAUCCUGGCCACCUUCCAUCUGCCCAAAUGCUACAUGCUUUUGUGGCUGCCAAAGCUUAACACCCAGGAGUUCUUCCAGGGAGGAGGCCCCAGGGAUGCAGCAGAUAGGAGCAGCAGUGGGCAUGGGGAGGGGACUCAGAGACACAAUGAAUGA